GGACAAAAUUGGGAUAUUACUCUCAUUUUCAAUUGACGCGAACGGACCGAAAAGAAGAAGAAAAAAGAAAAGCAAGGUGGAAGCAAGCAACAUCGUCAUCCUCAUGGUUUUGGUAAUGUGAUGACGGGUUGGUGAUCCACUUGUGUCCGAUAGCAGCAAAACAGAGCAGAAGCAAUGGCAAGGCGAUCCUACAAGAUCGACUUGGGCUGCAUAGCCUGCGACGAGCUCAUCGAAAUCGGCGCCGGCAAGUCAGGCUGGCUCGUUGACAACCCAAACCUUCUCUGCGCCAUCGACACUCAUUCCCUCGCCCUCGCCAACCGCUCCUCUAUUCUCCUCAUCCUCUCCUGGUCCGACUCCAACGCAUCUCGCGUCAUGAUCCGACCCGAAUUGUCUCCUAUCGAGGCCGAAUUCAUCUCUGCCAUCGAGUGGUUCGUCUUGGAUGACGUCAGCGUCGUCGUCGCCGGCACCUCCUGCGGUUACCUCCUUGUUUUUUCGCUCCGUGGGGAACUCAUUCAUAGACAGAUGAUUUAUCCUGGACGAGUUUUAAAGUUAAGAGUUCGGGGAACAAAGAAAGACUUAAUUCAAGAUACUUCAUCAGAAGAAUUUUGUGUCAUUAUGCCAGGCGUAGUUGCCCGCUUUGAUGGCUCGGAUAUUCAGAAUAUGCUUCAGAAAUGGUUUGAAGAAGAAUAUCCUCAAUUUUGGGUUCAAAAGCCAAAGAGCCAAGAUUCAGAGGAUUUUGAAAAUCAAUAUGUAAAAUUACCUUACCAGUUAUGGAAUAUUGGCAAGUAUGGUACUUGUGCUGAUGCAGCACUCACAGGCAUAAUGCCUCCACCACUAUUGGAAAACCAGUCCAGUCAACGUUAUUAUUGUGCAGUGGCUGUUGGAGAGGAUGCUGUGAUCUCAGCAUACAGACUCUCUGAGGACAAAGGCAGGUCUUUAGUGGGAGAACUCUUGUCUAAAGUUGUACCCGCAGCAUUUUCCACAGUAGCAUCUUUUUCGAAGUUGAUUUGGCGGAGUGAACAGACGUCUCCCAAGAAAUCUCCAAAGAAAUCAGAGGAGAAGCCACAGCCCUUUGCUCGAGCUUCACCUUUGACUUGUUUUAAGGAUCACCCUAGGAAGGGUGAGAAGCUUACCUUAUCCCCAAGUGGUACAUUGGCUGCUAUAACAGAUUCACUUGGUCGCAUAUUGCUGCUUGAUACUCAAGCGCUUGUGGUUGUGCGCUUGUGGAAGGGAUAUAGGGACGCCAGCUGUCUAUUCAUGGAGAUGUUGGUUAAUAAAGACACCACAUCGUCAAGCUCUAAUCACUAUGAACCUGUGAAGAGUGAUUACUGUUUGUGUUUGGCUAUUCAUGCACCUAGAAAAGGAAUCAUUGAGAUCUGGCAAAUGAGAACUGGACCUCGUCUUAGAACAAUUCCUUGUGCAAAAGGUAGCAAAAUGUUGCAACCAACGUACAGGGUUGGUGCUUCAACGUCUUCCGCUCCAUAUGUGCCACUUGAAGUUUUCUUCUUAAAUGGGGACUCGGGUGUGAUUUCAGUCUUAAGUCGAACCUUGGAUUCUUGAAAGGUUUUAAGUUUAUUUUAUUUUUCUCUCACCUUCUAUACUAAACUAUAAUACAUGCAUUGUUAAAAUUUCAAUUUAGUCAAUGGUGAUUGUUGUUUUAUCUUUGUAUUCAGUUAAGGUCAAUGGUCGCAUAUUACCAAAUACCAAUAUCACAUAGUAACAUUAAGAUCUGUAAGUUUCUCUUAGAAAAAAAUGAAAAAAAAAAGGACAAAAGGGGAUCCCUAACCGUAAUGAUUUCCUAAUAAAAUUUGCAUGCCGAUGGGGGGUAAAUGUGCUUGAUUAAGGUUGACUGUAUUUUCUUCGUUUUGGAAUUGGUGAUCAUAAUUGUUUUUUAUUUCUUAAUCAACAAAUUUUCUCUAGAAAAUGGUUAUGGAUCGAUGCGAUGGGGACGUGGAAGAAUGAUGCAUUAGCUUUCACUGCACUUCUAUAAGUUGAGUUGGUUCCACAAUUGAAUAAUGUACAAAAUUUGUUUCCAUGGCAAAUUGACUGUCAACUAAUCAAAUGGCUAACAUGGCUCGAAUGAGUUGCGCUUUUGGGCUUUUGAUUUUUUCAUUUAAAUAAAAUAAAAUAAAAUAAAAAAGCUGCUAAAUAACCAAUUUGGGUUGGUCGAGUGGUAAGCUCACUCGUUCGCUUAAGCAAGUGUCAGGGUUUGAAUUCCGCCUUGUACAUGCAGUAAUUCAUUGGCCAACGACAGACUUUUAAAUGAAGCUCAGAAAAAAGCUGCUAAAUGUACAAGAGUAUAGUAGUAUAGAAACCAUGGUUCUAAAUACGAACCGAAUUGGCAAGUUGAAUUGGUUCAACUAGAUAUCGAUGCUUAAUCCGGU